AUGAGGACAAGUCAAUUGAUUGCCCUUGCGGCUGCCACCGCUUCAGGAGCAGAGGCAUACUACAAAGGAUUCAAUGUCGGGGCCAAUCUGGCAAAUGGAGCCUGUCGAAGCGAGUCGGAUUGGGAGUUUGUCUUCAACAAGAUCGCGAGUUUUCCCGGAAACUUUAAGAACGCUCGGCUGUAUGCGUCCAGCGACUGCAAUACUCUGGCAAAUGCGGUCCCAGCCGCCAUCAAUACUGGUACCUCACUUCUUGUCGGCAUCUGGACCGAAGACGAUACCCAUUAUGAGGCAGAGAAGCAAGCAUUAUUGGAAGCAAUUCAACAAUACGGGCACGACUGGAUCUUGGCUGUUUCUGUGGGGUCCGAAGAUCUAUACCGAGGCGACACUGAUGCCAACACUCUGGCAUCGCAAAUCAAUGAUGUCCGCGGUAUGCUUUGGGGUCUUGGAGCUAGCAGCAAAUCUGUCGGCCACGUUGAUACCUGGACCGCGUGGGUGGACCCUGCCAACACUGCGGUGAUUGAUGCCGUCGACUGGCUCGGUAACGACGCAUACCCUUACUGGCAGGGCGUCGAAAUCGACAACGGUGCUGCUAAUGAUGCAUACUGGGCGGCGGUCAACCAAGUGCGAGCGGUGGCUGGCGGUCGCGAUGUGUGGACGACCGAGACCGGCUGGCCAAUUUCGGGCGACGCUGUCGGCAGUGCUGUCCCCUCGGUGGACAGCCUGCAAACCUACUGGUGGCAAGUCUCGUGCGCCAGCUUCGACAGCUUGAACUACUUCUUCUAUGAUGUUGAUGAUUUUGCCGCUUCGCCCAGCUUUGCCGUCGUCGACUCCAACUACGACCCUCUCAUCGACAUGACCUGCGGUUCAUGA